AUGGCACCACAAGUGAAACGACGAAAAUUGGAGAAUGCAGUUGAAGAAAUUAGCUUCGAUCCGGACGCCAGACAUGAAUUCUUGACCGGGUUUCACAAGCGCAAAGUGCAAAGAAUUAAAUUAGCACAAGAACAUGCAGAGAAAAGAGCGCGUGAAGAAAAGAGGGAAGAACGGAGAAAGAUCCGCGAACAGCGAGCAGCAGAAAUCGAACAAGCUCUCAAUGAAUCCAAGAGAAUGUUAGAACAAAUCCGCGGCGAUGCCUCCUCUCAAGAAAGCGGUUCUGACUCUGAGGAAGAGGAGUGGCAAGGGUUUGAGGAGCCUGCUCCGGUGGAUUACGAAGAAGAAUAUAUCGACGAAGACAAAUACACUACGGUGACGGUUGAAGAAAUGGGACUUUCGAAGGAUGAGCUUCAUAAGCAAGGGAGUAAAUUAUCUGAGGAUGACGAUGACGAUACAAAACACAAAGAAAAGGAAGAAGCGCCCCAAAAACCCAAAGCAGCAAAGAAAUAUGGUUCGAAAUCAGGUGCCCCCAAAAAGAAGAAGAAACAAUUCCGUUAUGAGUCGAAAGAGGAACGCAAGAUUACGAGGAGAAAAGAGCGAACGGGUGGUCGGAAGAAAGCGAGUGCUAGACGGGAACUCUGA